AUGGUCCCCAAGGUCGGUAUCAACGGUUUCGGUCGUAUUGGCCGCAUUGUCCUCCGCAAUGCCAUCAACGCUGGCACUGUCGACGUUGUCGCCGUUAACGACCCCUUCAUUGAGGUCCACUACGCUGCCUACAUGCUCCGCUACGACAGCACCCACGGCAAGUUCAAGGGUACCGUCGAGAUCGAUGGCACUGAGGGUCUCAUCGUCAACGGCAAGAAGAUCCGCUUCUACGCUGAGCGUGACCCCGCCUCCAUCCCCUGGGGUGCCUCCGGUGCCGACUACGUCGUUGAGUCCACCGGUGUCUUCACCACCAACGAGAAGGCCUCUCUUCACUUGAAGGGUGGUGCCAAGAAGGUCAUCAUCUCUGCUCCUUCCGCUGAUGCCCCUAUGUUCGUCAUGGGUGUCAACAACUCCAGCUACACCAAGGAUGUCAACGUUCUCUCCAACGCUUCUUGCACCACCAACUGUCUUGCUCCCCUCGCCAAGGUUAUCAACGACAAGUACGGUCUCGUUGAGGGUCUCAUGACCACCAUCCACUCCUACACUGCCACCCAGAAGACCGUCGACGGUCCCUCCGCUAAGGACUGGCGUGGUGGCCGUACCGCCGCCCAAAACAUCAUCCCCUCCUCCACCGGUGCCGCCAAGGCUGUCGGUAAGGUCAUCCCUGCCCUGAACGGCAAGCUGACCGGCAUGUCCAUGCGUGUCCCCACCGCCAACGUCUCCGUCGUUGACCUGACCUGCCGUCUCGAGAAGGGCGCUACCUACGAGGAGAUCAAGGCCACCAUCAAGGCUGCCUCCGAGGGUGAGCUUAAGGGAAUUCUCGGUUACACUGAUGAGGACAUCGUCUCCACUGACUGCAACGGCGAUGACCACUCCUCCAUCUUCGAUGCCAAGGCCGGUAUCUCCCUCAACGCCAACUUCGUCAAGCUGGUCUCCUGGUACGACAACGAGUGGGGUUACUCCCACCGUGUUGUUGACCUCAUCUCUUACAUCUCUAAGGUCGAUGCUCAGUAG